AUUUGACAUUUUGCAAAACGCGCAAGGGCGAGCUGUCAAAAAAACACUCGACCGGCUGUACGCGAGAGAAAACAAGAAAUUUUUGCUAAAGGACGCCAAAUAAAUUGGUGUUUUGCAGUUUCCCGAACCUCGAUUUGCAUAAUUCUUUCUAGCAAGUACCGCAAAAGAAAACACAACAAUCCAGCACGAUGGCGACUGCUAUGCCGAUAAACCCAAAACCAUUCCUCAAUGGACUCACUGGCAAGCCGGUGAUCAUUAAGCUAAAGUGGGGCCACGAGUACAAAGGGUUUCUGGUAUCGGUAGACGGGUACAUGAACAUGCAGCUAGCCAACACGGAAGAGUUUGUGGACGGACAGAACACGGGACACCUUGGUGAGGUGCUGAUCCGGUGCAACAACGUGCUGUACAUACGCGGUAUAGACGAUGAGGACGAGGAAGGUGAAAUGCGAGACUAAGAUAGGGAUUUUUAGAAUAAACGGCUUUUCUGUAUUUCGAUGUACAAAAAACAAA